UCCUGUCACACUUUCAGCUAAAACUAAUGCAUAUCAUUACAUUUCCCCAUAGAAAGGACCUACUAAGUGCUACUAAGUGCUACUGAAUUGUACUUGUGACUAUGAUGUUUCUAUGAAGGAUCUGCGAAGCAAUGAACGUUAUUUACCCCAGCAGGUGGAUAUGACGUCACGGACUUGGAACAUCAAAACAACAACAUCCAAAUCCGCGAUUCUUCCUUUUUUUCUCCUUCUUUUCUCGGCGUGUUAAAAUCUAAUAACAACAUUAAGAAAGGAGCUCGUGCCUUUCCCUACGAGGCGGACUGGAAGGGAGCGAGUGUGAAACUCCACAUUUCGCUUUUUUUUCGACGCCCUCGUGUCCUCUGUGAACCCCCCCGUGGUCCUGCCCUCAAGUCUGUGAGCUGAAUUCUGAUUGGAGGAAUGGAGUGCCAAUCUGUCCUGCACCAGUGAUCAGGUCAGGAGACUCCAUUGGUGACAUCCUGUGGAGCCAGAGAUCAAAGGCGAGGAGGCUGUUUUACCACCGCUGGAACUGCCGAUUGCUUUAAAUAAGCAAGUCCUUGUAGGAGGAGUGUGUGCACAUUCAACAGUCAAGACAGUCAGAGAGGAGGUGUUUUUUUGUGAUAUGGAAGUCUCCCUAAGCCUUCGGCUGCGGCUCCAUUCUCAGAAUCAGGCGUGAAGUGAUUAGUAUUUUAUUGAUGAGCUCCUGAAGUGGCAAGUGUGGGAAAUUGGAUCUUUGAUCUCCUGGAGUUCGGGAAAUAUAUCCUGAGUGUGUGGAGCUCUCCAGGUUUUUAAGUCAUGAUGCAAGAAUCUGGGACUGAGGCGUCGAGCAACGGACCAGCCAAUCAGAAUGGAGGAGCGAGCGUGGAGGGUGGGUCCAGGGAGGGACGACCCAAGAGCACCACGCCGUCAAUGGAGGUGACUGCAGCUGACCUCCUGCAUCUCCAGCAGCACCAGGCUCUCCAAGUGGCUCGGCAGAUACUCCUCCAGCAGCAACAUCAACAGCAGCAGCAACAGCAACAGCAGCCCCAGUCACAGCAACUGCAGUCUCAACACAACAGUGGCCGCAAAUCCCCCAAAGCCAACGACAAGCAGCAAAGCCUACAGGUUCCAGUGUCAGUGGCUAUGAUGACACCUCAAGUGAUAACUCCACAGCAGAUGCAGCAGAUCCUUCAGCAGCAAGUCCUGAGCCCUCAGCAGCUCCAGGUUCUUCUCCAGCAGCAACAGGCCCUCAUGUUACAGCAGCAGCAACUCCAAGAGUUCUACAAGAAGCAGCAGGAACAGCUCCACCUCCAGCUUUUACAGCAGCAGCAGCAACAGCAGCAGCAUGCGGGCAGCAAGCAGAGUAAAGAGCAGCAGGUGUCUGCACAGCAGUUGGCCUUCCAGCAGCAACUCCUGCAGGUUCAGCAGGUCCAGCAGCAGCAUCUGCUCAACCUUCAGAGGCAAGGGCUGCUCACAAUCCAGCCUGGACAGACCGGCCUGCCACUGCACUCCCUCACUCAGGGCAUGAUUCCAGCAGAGCUGCAGCAACUGUGGAAGGAGGUGACAAAUGCUCACGUGAAGGAGGAGCACAACAGCAGCAGCAACAACGGCCACCGGGGCCUUGACCUGUCAUCCCCGGCACCGCCAAAGAACCCACUCCUCAACCAGCAUGCCUCCACCAACGGACAAUACAUGAGUCACAAGAGAGAAGGAUCCACGCUAGAAGAGCCUUCCCACCACAGUCACCCUCUCUAUGGUCACGGGGUUUGCAAGUGGCCUGGAUGUGAGGCAGUGUUUGAUGAUUUCCAGUCAUUCCUCAAGCAUCUUAACAAUGAGCAUGCCCUGGAUGACAGGAGCACGGCCCAGUGUCGGGUGCAAAUGCAGGUCGUACAACAGCUGGAGCUGCAGCUAGCAAAAGACAAAGAGCGUCUGCAAGCUAUGAUGACACACCUUCAUGUCAAGUCCACGGAGCCCAAAGCCACCCCACAGCCGCUCAACCUGGUGUCCAACGUCACAUUGUCCAAAUCGGCCCCUGAGGCCUCUCCCCCUCUGAGCCUGCCGCAGACCCCCACCACACCCACAGCACCCCUCACACCCCUGUCCCAGACCCACUCCGUCAUCACAGCCAACAGCCUCCACAGCGUGGGCCCCAUGCGACGGCGCUACUCAGAAAAGUACAACAUGCCCAUCUCUCCAGAUCUCAGUCAGAACAAAGAGUUUUACAUGAAUGCAGAUGUUAGGCCGCCGUUCACGUAUGCCUCACUAAUAAGACAGGCAAUCCUCGAAUCUCCAGAAAAGCAGCUAACACUAAACGAAAUCUACAACUGGUUCACACGAAUGUUUGCAUAUUUUAGGCGCAACGCAGCGACGUGGAAGGGUGCCAUUCGCACCAACCUUUCCCUGCAUAAGUGCUUUGUGAGAGUAGAGGAUGAGUUUGGGUCCUUUUGGACUGUUGAUGAUGAGGAGUUUAAGCGUGGCCGCCACAUACAGCGAGGUCGCCCUCGGAAACACGCCGCUGAUGAGAACUUUGACGAGCUGCUCGUACAAAGUCCUGCCUUAGUGAAGAACAUUCAGACCAGCUUGGGCUAUGGUCCGACCCUCUCUGCUGCCUUCCAGGCUUCAAUGGCAGAAAACAACAUACCUCUAUACACUACUGCUUCCAUUGGAAGUCCCACCCUCAACUCCCUGGCCAACGCCAUCCGUGAGGAGAUGAAUGGAGCGAUGGACCAUGGAAACAGCAACGGCAGUGACAGCAGCCCGGGACGCUCGCCCCUGCCAGCUAUGCAUCACAUCAGCGUUAAGGAGGAACCACUGGACCCCGAAGACCACGAAGGGCCCCUCUCCCUGGUAACGACUGCCAAUCACAGUCCGGAUUUCGAUCACCACAGAGAUUACGAUGACGACCAGGGCCACGACGACAUGCUGUAAGGCUAGCGCCGCCCCUCCCCAGCCUCAGAGGCAGAGGCAGUCUGGGUCAUCUGGGAGACAGAAACGCUCCGCAGAUAACAAACACUGAACUGCAGUCUCAGCCACUGAUGACAGUUCUCAAAUGUCUCCAAGUUAACUUUUUAGUGCCAUUACAAUACAUAGCAAGAACACACACAAAAAACACAGAAUACGCCCCACAUGAGGGAUUUUUUUUCUGAUUCCUUUCUACUUUUGAUUCAAGUAAAGCUUAAAAAGUGAAAACAAACUUCAUUUCUACUUAUGUGUCGGAUGGACUUGUUCGGUACGGGGCCGACGUGUUCGUGGUCAGAGACCCUCGUCGUGCAGCCAGGACGGACUGCGCUCGGCAGACUGAAAGAGGGGUUGUGUCUCUCCCCGCCCACCCCCUCCACUCCCUCUCCCUCCCUCUCUCAGACACACACAUCUGACCACAAACUCACAAGAGAGAGGGAAUGACUGACGUUUAAUUUACAUCGUGUGUGUGUGUGUGAGGGAGAGCGAGUGCGGACUGUUCAUUGUCACUGCCUUCAACACUUCUCAUUGGUUUGAUUCCAUCUAUGGUGGGAGGGAUGUUGUUUUUAUUUGGGUGUAUUUUUUGUUGGGGGGUGAGAGGUUAUAGAAUAUCAGCAUAAUGUGUCUUUUCCAUUCAAUGCUGUUAUUGAUGUUGCAUCUUUGUUUUUGGUUUGUUUUUUCUUCAAACUGAUCAGACCUCAUGCCCAUGCUGUGGAGAUUCUGUGUGGUCAGCACUCGAUGAUGAAUGUUUAUGAUUUCCUUUCAUGUUGUUCUUUUAAACACACACAUGAAGCAGAAUGUCAGAUACCAAGUAGUAUUUUUCUGUCAUUUAUUCCACAAUCUUCAAAAAAAAGUCACCACUCUGACGUGUAGUCCCCCUCCCCCUUCUCCCCCUCCUCCUCUUGCUCAUGAAGUCCAUUGGCAAUGCACUACUCAUAAUGAAGGCUCUCUCCACGCAUCAAUGAAGUUUAAUUUAAGAUGCGAAUGAAUGACAGAGAAAUCAUGCAGGUUAUGAUUUAUCCUUAUGAAAUUAUACUUUAAAACAGCCCCUCACGGCAGAGCAUGUUGAGCUGCAACAGAAUUUCUGAUCACUUACAAGGGUUUUAUAAAGCAAAAUGAAAAUGUCAGGUGUGCACCGGCGAGAUAAUGAUUUAGACCAACUAAUUGUGAUUCCUGAACACAACUGUCAUUGUUAAUCAAACGUGUCUGCCUUUCCACACUGUAAUUUCAAUCAGUGCUUGAAGAUAAACGUGCAUUCCCUGUAGCUUUAUUUGUAUCACGCGCAUGACUAGUUUUAAGUUUUAGUGAGUGUUAAUAAUUGCACACCGGAUGAAAUGCUCGUUUUCUUUCAUCGAGGGGAAAAAAAUCCCAAGACUUGCAAUAAGACCUAAACAUUGCACAUUCCAGCAUUUAACAGCCAUCGUAAAGGGCCCAAACCUAACAGUACAUGCCAUUUAGGGAAUGUGGAUACCUCAACGUUCAGUGUCACCCAAAAAGCCAAUAGUUGUAGUCCACAACAUUGAACCAAGUGGAAUCCACAUGUGGUUUUGUGAUGCAGCAACAAAAAUUCCAGUUUCCGUAGGGAGUUAAAUUUUAAAGGAACCAUGAAUUUCAAGACUGCAAUCAACCACUUAUAAUUUUGUAUUUAUUUUUAGUAUUAUUAUUAUUUUAUGUUUUAUUUGGCUUUUUUUUUUUUUUUUUUUUUUUUUUUUAUAGUUGUUGAUGUGUUUUAAUAUCUUGUUCUGUGACUACCAAAGAUAAACUACAAAGUCAAUGUUGUGUGUUCCAUGCAGAUAGCAGAUAAGGCCAAAUAUCUCUCCUCCAUUCUCUUCCACCGGACGAUCUCAGCAGCUGUGAUCGAGCCGGUGGCAGAUCGAAUCGAGGAAAAUGCUCCUCAAGCUGGUGUUUUCAUUAAUUCUUAUAAAAAACCAAAGGAGUGUCUUGAACAGGACAGCUGCAGUAAUGUUUGCAGUGACCAAAACUGAAUGGGAGGUGCUGAGAGUCUGACUACAUGAUGACCAAAUUAGGGAAACUUUUUGUCUUUGGGCCAGUGAGUGGAAAAGGGAGCUUUUUGGUCAGGAGCAGAUUUGUGUGCAACAUAAAGGGUAUGUAGAUAAAGUCGUUGAGGAAAAAAAGUAUACUGGUAAAUGGGAAAAGCUUUGCAGAGAACAAUGUGAAACGGAUUCAAUACUUCAACUGGACCACACAAUGAUUCAGUGUUUCUCUUCUUUUAUUCCUUAUUCAUUUGUAUCCUUUGAAAUGACUGUAUGCCACUUUUUAGGGGUUUUAGCGUCUUUGUUAAGAUUGGCAAGACCUUAUGAUUGUGUUUAGUUUCUGUCAACUUAUUACUUUUUAUAUUAAAAAACACUCCUGUCAACUACUAAGCUGGGUACAAGGUACUUUAUGGCAGUUAUUGUUAUUAUUAUUAUUAUUAUAUUUUUUAAGUUCACCGCUCAUUAACUAAAAAGAAAAAGGGCAAUCUGUGGUUUCCAGAAGAUGUAUUUAAUAUCCAGGCAGCUGUGGGAUGGGUCAGUUAUAGCCGGGCUAGGAUCGUGAGAACAGGGCAGAGCUCGUCCACUAACCCCCAGUCAUCUGGCUGGUUUGUUUGGUUCAAAAAGGAGGAAAAGCGCUGGUAGAUUAGAACAUUCUCAGCAUGUGUAGCUUGACAUUACUAAAGAUAACAGCAUGAGAAAACCGUUCGUACGCAUACCUCAGUUUAAACCUAUAGGGAAUGAUUCAAUUAAAUGAGAAAAAAUAAAUAAACAAACAUUUCACUCAGUUAUGGUAAAUGGACUGUACUUGUAUAGCGCCUUUCUAGUUUUCAUACCACUCAAAGCGCUUUACACACUACAUAUCACAUUCACACACUGAUGGCAUGCUAACUGCUCAUCAAAGUAACUAAUCAUUCUCACACACACACACACACACACACACACACACACACACACACACACACACACACUGAAGGCACAGCCCUCGGGAGCAAUUUGGGGUUCAGUGUCUUGCCCAAGGACACUUCGACAUGUGGGCUGGUGGAAACCGGGUUCAAACCGCCGACCUUCCGAUUGGUGGACGACCCGCUCUACCACUAAACCACAGCCGCCCUAGUUGUAUGUCUCGCAUGUGUAGUCUGAUACUGUAGAGAGAAAAAUUACAACAAAAAAAAGAGAAAAUAAAAUGAAAUUAGAGCGUGUUUAUCUUAAAGGUUUCAUCCUUUUUUUCUUCUUCUUUGUUUUGCCAAACCAAUCCAAACCUCAGGCCUUUUGUUCAUUGAAAUAUCACCCAGCUGUGUGUGGCACCAUUCAUCCUGUCAAAGUCUGUUCUCUGAUGUACUGAUGGGUUGUUUUAAGGGCGUUCCAAUAUUAGGUUGUACAUACAUGUCCGUAUAGCCUUUGUCUUUUCCUGUCCUUUCCCCUCUCUCUCUCUCUCUCUCUCUCUUUUUUUAAGAUCAAAAAAUACAUUUGUGUUAUGAUGUUUGCUUUAUCGCGACUGCUUUGUAUUAACUAUGAAAUAGCUAUGAGAAAAACUGCUGUAUGUAUUGGAAUAGCAAACUGUGCUGCAAAUGUAUUUUACUUAGUAAUCCUUGCUUUAAAAAAAAGAAAAAAAAAUCACAUCCUCCACGCAGACAUCUGGGUGAGCUGGGCAGGGGCAGGCUGGGGGGGAGAUUAUCCCCGAUUUUGGAUUUUAAACUGUAAUAUAGAAAACAGACUUUUCUCUGUUAUCAUUGACCUAAGCAUUUUGUACAGAUUUUUUUCCCUCUUUGUGUUAAUCUGUUUUUUGAUACUUCCUUUUGAUGGUCCAACCACUGCCUUCUGUGGCUGUAUGUUAAAGAUUACUGCUCUGAGAAAAGGGCAGACAGGUAUAUUUCCUCUACAAGACGGAGAUAUCUUGCAUGACUAAUCCCAGGGUCACAGAGAUGGGGGGGGGGAUAUGGUUUAAGUGGUCAGUAAUAAUAUAAGGGUGUAUCAAUCUAAUGAUAUUUUGUAUGAAAUUAAUAGGAAAAAGAAAAAAAUAUGCAGUGCCAAGAUGUAAAGAAUAUUGUUAAAUGCUGUCUUUUUUUGUUUGAAAAAUUGAUUUCACUCACGCAUCAAAGAUGUGUCCUUCUCAUCCAUGUCAUGUAGGUAAAACACAGUUUGUUUGGCAUGAAGAUAUUUAUAUUUUUAUCUCAAGGGUCAAUGUAAAAUGAGUCGAGCAGUAGGCAGGUCAAAGGUUAGACGCUGCUGGAGACCAACGUCCUGCCAACUGCGGCCGUGUGGCAUCAGAUCGCCCAACAUCACACACUGGCACCCGAGCUAAAACUAUUGUUUCAUCCAUCACCAACCAUCCAGCCCGCUGUCAUUCCGUCCCGCUCUUUCUCCCUCUCUCACACCACACUUUGUUUUUUUUCCUGAUGGAGGGGGAGGGAGGGAGGGAGAGAGAGAGGGGCAGCAGCCCAGGAGCUGUCAUGGUGCUCUCAUCCUGCAGCAGCUUUCUCUUCUCUUUGAAGAUGUACUCUGUAGUUUCUUUUUCCUGUUUUUUUUUUUUUUUUGAUAGAGAAAUAUUAUUGCUCAUCACUUCCAUCAGUCUGUAAUCUCCUCAUCAUUCCUCGUCUGUCUGAUGCAGACCACUCUGUUGUAGUCAGUGGCGAUGACUGACAUGAGCAUUCUAAACAUGCAAUAAAAUGCUGGUUGUUCA